AUGGCUUGGCAUUCCCAGAGAGGUCAGGGGAAGCAGUCUGGGGGAUGGUCUCAAAGAAAGUACGUGCCCAGGAGGCCCCUGGUCCAAAGCAACCUGUCUGUCUGUGGGGAGAAUGAUGUGGACCAGCUACUAGACCUCCUUUCUACUCUCAACGAAGACAGGCCUCCCUACUUAAGUGUCUCUGAUGAGGUUCUGGACAGACACACUGACUUAACAGAAAGUGGUCCCACUUGGAGUGCCAAGCUUGGGAAGUUGGCCUAUCAGGGAAGUGAGGAGAAAGAAUCAGAGGCCAAUUUGACUGACAGGGAUAUCAGUGUUCCUAUUAGGUUACAAGGGGGUGCAUCAUUGAGCUCUGGUCAUCCUUAUGGCUCAAUAGUGGGUCGAGGUGAUGGUGGCAAGUGUGUCGAUUGGGUUGGGAAAUGGGGCAGGCGACGUCAACAGCAAGAGGAGAGAGAAUGUGUCUCUUUUGUCCAAAAAUGCAACAGCGGUUCUAACUUUCCCGGAGAUGCUCCUUUCUACCCUGAAGUCCCCGACUUGCUAGACAGGCGUCAGAGGGAACCUAUCGAAGUCCACAAUGUAAAGCCUGCCUGUCCGAAGCAGAAUGAAAACUUGUCAACAUUCCAGGAUCUACUAGAGUCCUCCUGGACAUCUGCGAGCUUGCAUAGGUCUAUGUUGGACCUGGAGAUCGGCUUAUCAUUUGUGGAUCUAGGCCUACUCCCCCAGGCACUGAAUACAUCUGGAGACUUUGCCUUAUCUCCUGUGAAUCUUGAAUCUCCUUUAGAUAACACAUCUCAUGGCCCUAAGCCCUCUAUCUCUUGCAGUGCAAAAAUGUCAUGCUCCAUCAUCCACUGUCACAAAGCGGGCAGAAGGUGUUCUACCAGCAAGGAUGGUUCCUCAACAAGUCCAUAUAAGGCCAACAGGGAAACCGAGUUCUCCGAACUCCAUUCUCGUAGCGAAAUCGCAAAGAAUGCUGGACAACAAUCAACAAACAUCCAUUCUGCUAGUGUAUUAGUGAAGGCACACAUUGAACCAGGGAGGAAAGCUGAAAGAAAGGCAGAAAAGAAGACUGAUGUUUUUGCGUCGGCCAUGUGUGGCUCAGAUUUCCCAAGUAAUGAGUACUUUUUACCUGCAAGCCUCUCUCAGUAUAGCUUCAGCGGUAGACAGAACAGCACAGAGGUGGCGUACCCUGAGCAUAAUACCAAAUGGUCCAAUGAACUCUCAGGUCAAGCUAAGUCAUGUUCAGUGGACACUGUGCAUAGUUUUUACCCUACUCUAAAAGGGGUGGAGGAUUUGUUUGAGGUGCCUAGAGUCAAAACAAGUAAUCCAGCUGUGUCACAUUCUCUCUUGUGGGAAGAAAGACUUGCAAUCAAGGAGAAUUUGGCUCAACUGACCCUUGCGGACAUAGAGGGGGCAGCUCACCUGAAGAGAAGCACUCCGAAUGUGCCAAGCCAAGACAACAGAGAUGGCUAUGGAGGCACAGAGAGAGGCCCUAACAGAAGAACUCCUGGGUCAACUACUCCUGAAAGGCAAUGUCAGAUUGACCCAUUAGUUCAAACACACACAGGCACAUCGGUAACAUUGCAUAUGUUGACAGGAGAUGCCAGUGGUGAAUUUCUUGGUGAAAGAGCUCUGUCUGCAGUUCAUCAGUCCUUGCCUAUGGUAUGUUGACACACUUAAGCACCUUUGCUGAGUGUGUGUGUGCAUGUGCAUGUGUAUGUCUAUUUAUAUGGGUGUGAGUGUGCAUACAUGCAUGAGUGUGUGUCAUUACAGGCUGGCUGCGUCCAGUGUGUGUGUGGUGUAACAUAAGAACAUGGCCCUGGGCACUCUAACACCUUUCUUUUGUUUGGGCAGCCUAUUGACGCAGUAGAGAUUCAUAGCCCCAGUCUUGUGGAGACAAUAGAGGACAGGUAAAGAGGAUUAUGGGACUCCGUAGGUCAAAUAUCUGCAAAAAUAACAAGUCACUAGCGAUCACUCAGACACCUAACACAAAAUAUUGGGUGAAAAAAAGCACACAAAAAAACAUUGAGGUGCAGGACAGGUGUCAAUUCCAUUUGAACUCUGCCUAUUUAGGACGGCAAUGUAAAUUUAACGUUUUGGAAAAAAAUGAACAACCAGCCAAACUUUGUAGAAAGAAUUAAACCCAACCCUGUUACUUUUGGUGAACAUCUGUUCAACAGCAACACCUCUCAAGUGUAUAGGUAUUGUGUGGAGGUGGGGGAUGCAUUGUGGUAUUGUGAUGUUUGUACCUCUUAACUGCUCCUGAGGGUUGUGUCUAAUAAACUUGUAUGGAAUGUACUUGUAGCAGGUGGCUGGCGCUCUACAGAUUCAGAUUGCAGUUGCGCUGCUUCAGGACAUGGGACCAGCAGUGGAAGUCACACACAUGGGCCAGACUCCAGCACCGGAGACGCUUACUGAGGACCGGCCUCUCUGCCCUGAGGUGGGCUGUGGUGAUCCGCCGUGCCCAGACGGACACCCUUGCCAGGAGGACGGACGCCCUGACCCUCGCCCACUGUUUCCAUCGGGUCAGCAGUGAUAUUCAGCCUGGGUGCCAGUCUGUCUCUGCUCUCUUGCCAACUCCUUCAAUUGUAUUACAAUUCCAUAAGGAGUUGGCAAGAGAGCAGAAGCAGACUGGCACCCAGACAAUUCUUACUAGGGCCAGAGGGUUUUCCCCACCAUGUAACCUAAUCAGGAAAAACUCCUAG